UGAUUGGACGAAGGCAUGCCACGUGUCUUUACUAUGCCACAGGAGCACAUUUGAUUACCUGACAGGUUGCUCUGUAGGGCUGUAGAGGGUGAGGAGAAAUCUCCCAAAGGUUUCGACAGCUGAGUAACGUCCUGCAGAGUAAACAAGGGCCUUUCAAAGAUUUGAACUUUUUCAUGCAGUAAGUCAGGCCUGCUUUUUAACCCCCACAAUGGCUUCGAGCUCAUUCGACAUUGACGCACCGCGAUGGGACCAGUCCACGUUUAUGGGUCGAUUGAAUCACUUCUUCAACAUCACAGACUGGAGAACUGUGACCUUACCUGAUUCACGCCUGGAUGAGGCCAAAGCUUUAGUGGAUAGCUGCAGGGCGGGAUCUGUCCCCCCUGGCACCACAGAGGAGCAGCUCCACUACGCCAAGAAGCUGUACGACUCGGCCUUCCACCCCGACACCGGAGACCGCAUGAACCUCAUCGGCCGCAUGUCCUUCCAGGUCCCUGGAGGCAUGGCCAUCACCGGCCUCAUGCUGCAGUUCUACAGGACAGUUCCUGCUGUGGUGUUUUGGCAGUGGGUGAAUCAGUCCUUCAACGCUCUGGUCAACUACACCAACCGUAACGCUGCCUCCCCCAUCACUCCCAAGCAGAUUGGAGUAGCCUACUUCACAGCAACCAGUACCGCGUUAGCAACAGCAGUCGGACUCAAUCUCUACACAAAGAAAGCCCCUCCCCUCGUGGCUCGCUGGGUUCCUUUUGUCGCGGUGGCUUCAGCCAACUGUGUUAACGUUCCUAUGAUGAGGCAACAGGAAAUUCUGAAUGGCAUUGCUGUCACAGAUGAAAAUGGCAACAAACUGGGUCACUCUAAGAAAGCCGCAGUAAAAGGCAUCACCCAGGUGGUCUUCUCCCGGAUCACCAUGGCGGCACCAGGAAUGAUCAUCCUCCCCAUCAUCAUGCAAAGGAUGGAAAAAUAUAAGUUCAUGCAGAGAAUCACGUAUCUCCACGGACCAAUUCAAGUGAUGUUGGUGGGGGCGUUUUUGGUCUUCAUGGUGCCUGCCGCCUGCUCGCUGUUCCCUCAAAGAUGUUCUAUGGCCGUGUCGAAGCUGGAGCCCGAGCUGAGAGACUCCAUUGUGUCUCAAUACGGACAAGCUGUUAAACAUGUGUACUUCAACAAAGGCCUCUGAGGCUUAGAUUAGCAUCAUCUACUCACUACAAAUGAAUGAUUACACAUGUGUUUAUGAAUUCAUUUCACAAUUAUUAGUAAAAAUGAAGUGCUAAUUUCCAUAAAUCAUCACAUUGGUGCUUAUUGGUGGGAUGUUUAUGAACAACCAUGCCACUUUUUAAACAGUUUCUUUAUCUUUUUUUCAAAUGAUUUCUUACAAUAGACAGAUGCUAGGGGCACUGUGUACUCCUGUUGAGAAACCAAAUUAUUUCCUCUCAGUCACAUUAGAACUGUUAGUUUGUCCUUCAUGUCUCAUCUGUAGUUGUUUGCGUCUUGUCGCUCAACGUUUCUUACAAUCUGUGCCUUCUUCAAAGCGGCAGGAGCAACAACACUGCUGGAUUUAUUGUCUUUAAAUCAAAUUGUGCUGUACUAUGAAACCACAGAAAUACUUCUAUGCAUUGAUUAAGACUCUGAAAAUAGGUUUUGUGUGAUAAAAGGGGAGGACACUGCCAUCUUCUGACAGAAUGGAGGUAGAGGCGUGACAUGUUUGCAGGAUUAAAAUGGUUUACCAGUCAGACAUGUCGCUUUGUGCCACGAUCCUCAGAACAAAAUGUAAUAAAACCACACAAUAAUUUGAAA